AUAUCAAAUAAAGUAUUUUUUUUUUAAUGUAUGGAUGUACGUAAUCUAUUUCAAGAUACAAAUUAACUUUGCUGGUUGCAUUCCUUAACUGACGUCCGUAUUAUUGGUAAGCUUUUAUUUUGAAGGUGGCUUCGCCGCGAGUUGGCGACCUAUUACCGUAAUGCCGAGUAUGAACAAAAUUAGGGGCGGCUGGGUUGCCUGCUACUUUACGAGUGGAGGCUGGCUUGACCGCAGUCUUUUUUCGGGGACCGCACGCGAUUCCACGUGCUGCACAACAUUUUUCUGAAUUUGCACCGAACGUGCUGAAUCCUCGUCACGAUCGGAAAGUGUUGCGAUCGUCGUGUGAAAAUGUGUGCAAGGACAGCAGAGUACGAGGAGGAACUUUGUAGCCCAAAAGAGGAGAAGGAGCCACAACGUCAACUACUGGACGCUGUGUUCAAUCUGCAGCCUCGAAUUGUGCUAUACAGAGCAGACGUCAGUGAAAAUCUUCAUCCUGAGCGGCAGCAGUCAGUGUCCCCUCACAUCAAAGAGGAAGAGGAGGAUGAAGAGGUUCAACACAUCAAAGAGGAGGAGGAAGAGUUCCUUCACAUUAAAGAGGAAGAGCAGGAGGAAAUCAUCAAGGUUCCAUCGACUGGUGUCCCUUUGAAGAGUGACGAUGAAGGUCGAAGUGAGGAGAGACGAGGGGCGGAGCCACCAAACAGCAACAGCUCAAGAGAUGGAGACCACUGUGGAGGAUCACAAACAGACGGUGAUGAUGAUGUUGAUGAACAGUUGGAAGGUGAUAUGACAUGUCACACUACCAGUAAAUGCUGGAAAUGUUCUAAAUGUCGGAAAACCUUUGCUUCUAAGAGCAAUUUCAAACAACACAUGAAAAUACACACUGGAGAGAAGCCAUUUGCCUGCUCAGUUUGUGGUCAAAGGUUCACUCGGAAGGGACACUUAAAAAUACAUACAAGAACACACACUGGUGAGAAACCUUUUGCAUGCUCAGUUUGUGGUCAAAGAUUCACUGAAAAGGGAACUUUAAUUAUACACACAAGAACACACACUGGUGAGAAACAUUUUGCAUGCUCAGUUUGUGGUCAAAGAUUCUCUCAAAGGGGACAUUUGACAAGUCACACAAGAACACACACUGGUGAGAAGCCUUUUGCCUGCUCAGUUUGUGGUCAAAGAUUCUCCCUAAAGGAAAGCUUAAACAGACACACAAGAACACACACUGGUGAGAAGCCUUUUGCCUGCUCAGUUUGUGGUCAAAGAUUCUCCCUAAAGGAAAACUUAAAUAGACACACAAGAGCCCACACUGGUGAGAAACCUUUUCCAUGCUCAGUUUGUGGUAAACGAUUCUCUGAAAAGGGACAUUUGACAAGUCACACAAGAACACACACUGGUGAGAAACCUUUUUCCUGCUCAGUUUGUGGUCAAAGAUUCUCUCGUAAGGCUCGGGUUAAGACACACAAGUGUCCUGGUGAGACAAGCAGUGAUCAAGAAGCUUUUAAUGCAAAUGUAAAUGUUUAAUAUAAAAGUAAUGACUAUGUGACUGACAGAAAUCUACAUGCUUGUAUUCUGUGUAACAGCUUUUAUUGUAUGCAUCUUCUUCUUGUCCAUAUAGUUUCUAAAAGCCCCGUGAGUGUUGAGAAUGAACACUGUUGCCAAAAUACUUAAAAGGGACUAGUUAAAGGUGGUGGGAAAGAGGGCGGCUGUGGAUCAGGAGAGUGAGUCGUCCAGUGACCGAAGGGUCGCCGGUUCGAACCCUGGCUCCGACUGUCCGUAUGUCGAAGUGUCCUUGGGCAAGACACCGAACCCUAAUUUGCUCCCAGUGAGCCUGGCAGCGCCUUGCACGGCAGCAGCCGCCCAGUGGUCAUCAGUGGAAUCAUUUACUGAUAAAAUAUUAGAUUUUCAGUCGCGUUGGAAAUCUCUGGCACGAGGCCGAUUCAAUACAUACAGUGGGUACUGAAAGUAUUCAGACCCCUUUAAAUGUUUCAGUUAUAUUGCAGCCAUUUGCUAAAAUCAUUGCGGUUAAUUUUUUCUCCUCCUUACUGUACACACAGCACCCCAUAUUGGCAGAAAAAAGCGGAAUUGUUGAAAUUUUUGCAGAUUUAUUUCAAAAGAAUAACUGAAAUAUCACACAGCCAUAAGUAUUCUGACCCUUUGCUCAGUAUUUAGUAGAAGCGCCCUUUUGAGCUAAUACAGCCAUGAGUCUUUUUGGGAAUGAUGCAACAAGUUUGUCACACCUGGUUAUCCUAAUCAAGUCCGAUCAGUAUAAUCAAACACAGCUGGACUCCAAUGAAGGUGUAGAACCAUUUGAAGGAUGAUCAGAAGAAAUGGACAGCACCCGAGUUCAAUAUCGGAGUGUCACAGCAAAGGGUCGGAAAACUUAUGGUUGUGUGAUAUUUCACUUUUUAUUUUUAAAUAAAUCAGCAAAAAUUUCAACCAUUAUUUUUUUUUCUGUCAAUAUGGGGUGCUGUGUGUACAUUAAUGAGGGAAAAAAUUGUGGUUUUAGCAAAUGGCAAUUUUAGCCAUAUAACAGAGUGAAAAAUUUAAGGGGGUCUGAACACUUUCCGUACCCACUGUAUGUAUGUAUCGAUCAAAUAUAUGUAUAGAUCACAAAUUUGUUUCUGCAGAUGGCAUUGUGUGACAGAUGUGGACUGUCAUAAUGUCGGAUGACCAUAACGAAGGUCUCCUGUCCCGAAACUGCGGGUGAUCUGAUUUGAUGAUAUCUGAUCCAUAAAAGCUCAAAUAUUGGGCUGAUCAUUAUAAUAUUAUUAUUUAUGAUAAUUUGAAGCUGUCAUGAGAAGAAAUGUCUGCAUAUAUUUUGGUGAUGAUUGUUGACAGUUGUGGGACAUGAAGCCACGUUUCUUGGGUUCAUGCAUGAGGCUUGCAAGGAUGUGGUGCUCGCCCGGCGUGUUUGUCAUUUUAAUUAUGGCGUCCUCAUCCAUCCCAAUCCAUAAAUUAGCAUUUUUUAUUUAUUUUUUAAGCACAUUAAAUUUGUGAUUGAACAUAAUUUCGGGGUACUAGCUGUUGUUCAUGUGAUGCAAUGAUAUAUGACAGCAAUGUAAGAUAUACAACGUAAUACCAGCUUGAACAAGGCGGUGUUUGGAAACACAAGCAAUUUCCUGAAAAGUUGUCAUUUUGAAGGUGAGGGGAUUCCACCUGACAGCUGCGAUAUACAAAUAUGACCAAUGACUGCCACUUCAUCGUAUGGUACAUUCCUUUUCCCACACCAGCUAUGCCAGUGCUUUUCAAUUUUCAAUUUUGUUGAUGAAAAAGGGGUGUUCGAAAGGGAAUUAGUCAUUUUCCAAUUGCUCCAAAAUGUAUUUUAUUGGAAAUGAGUGCCAGUUUAAUUUUCUUGAGCAUGUAUGCAUUUUGUCCAAACUGACUUUUGGUGCUAAACUGUAACAUGUAUAUGUGAUC